AUAUCUCUCUGGCGGUAUUCUGAAGCAUGUUCGAAAGUAGUAAAGAAUGUAGUCGACGGAAGUGGUCUUUCUUAUCGGGCGGCUUCAUCGUGCGGAAGUGGUGCACCGUCGUACCGUACACGCAUCGAAAAAAGAUAUUCUGCCUUUCGAGCUUCUUGUCUUUCUUAUGUUGAUUUUGUUUACCAAGUAUUUUAAACCUUUUAUUUAUUUCUUAUGGAUGUAACACACACACGUGCGUGUAUGCGUAUAUAUAUAUAAUGCAAUUCUUAUGAAUUUGUUUAGAGACACCUUGUAUAACAAGAAAGUUUCUUUUUGAAGGACGAAAGACAGCCUAUAAAUUUUAUCUAUGCAAUUACGAUAUCGAGGCGGUUAUUCAAUUUCACACGUUUAUGGAAUAAGUUAGAAGUCUAUGCGUCUCUUAGUAGGGUGCACUAACAGUAACUAGGUCAACGAUGCAUUUCAUUCCAAUUUCCGUGAAAGAUUCAAUCGUUUCUUAAUAAUUUAUUAAAUGAUCGACCUUUUCGUCGACUCGUAGUAGACCGUUGCCCACGAAGGAGGGGCUAUACAAGCCAAUUGUGAUUACGUUUUGACAAAGCCAUCGUGAUAUAAUGACUCAAAGAAAGUAAUAGACUUUUAUAUUAUUCACUAAUAUCCACGAGUAUGUAUAUAUAUGUCGAAGGCGUAUAUAUAUCGACGAGAUCGCAUAUCAGGUUCAUCGAUAGUAAUGACUUCCUUCCUUUUCUUCUUUUUGUGGAGCAUCACCAGUGCGUUAUACACUGAUGGCUCAGACAUUCUGCCUUUCUCUAGACUUAGGAAUGCCACUAUGGAUAAUUACAGUAUCAUUCAAAGUAGCUGUCGUCAUUGACAAAGGAUUCUUCUCUGGGAAAGAUGAAGAUUAUCGAAAAGCUCGCACGAUUAUCUUAGAUUCGAUCCAUGAAAUCGUGAAGAAGGAGAUACGCGUAGGUUAUAUAGAUAUACGCGCAUUACAAGACACGAAUGUUGAUUUUCGCGAAGAUUACACGGUACUCUUGUCGAUUGCAACAUGCAAUAAAACAUGGCAUUUACAUGAAUCAGCACGGCAGUCUGGAGUUAUACAUCUAGCGAUAACAGAUCGUAGCUGCCCACGUAUUUCAAUUUUUGAGGGUAUAAGCAUCCCAUUGAUUAACCCAGGCGAAGAAUUGCCACAAAUGUUUUUGGAUCUUCGUACUGCAAACGCUUUAUCUUGGAAGAAUGUUGUGAUUUUGCACGAUGACUCUUUUGAAAAAGAAAAAAUCAAUAACAUCGUUCAAGCCGUAACGAGUGAUAUAUCGAAUAUGAACAUUGCAUCGAGGUCGAUCUUUUCCUUUAAACGCUUUGCUUCUGAAUGGGUCAGGAGACAACAUAUAAAAGAUAUACUUAAUAGUUUUCACAUUCAACAACUCGGCAAUUGUUUCCUUGUUAUCGUCACUGUCGAUACAAUCACAGACGUCAUGGAAGUUGCUAAAUCAUUAAAGAUGGUUCAUCCCGGUAGUCAAUGGUUGUACGUCCUCACAGAUGCUGGAAAUCGGAAUUCGACGAAUGUAACAUACCUUGCAGAUUUACUGCCAGAAGGUGGAAACGUGGCUCUUAUUUACAAUAUUACUACAUCCGAUGGUACCUGCAAUAUCGAUCUUCUUUAUUAUGUUAAUGAUUUUGUUCGAUAUUUUGGGAGUGCUGUGAAAAAUUCAUCUCAAAUCAACAAUGAGUUAUACGAGAAUAUAACUAAUACGGAACAUGAAAUGUUUAGAUUAACCAAGUCUCAAAUAAAUUCACACAUUCUCAAGAGUAUUAAUACGAAAUUUUCAGAGAAGUCAAAUUUAUCUAAUAAAAAAUACGGGAACUGUUUGUUUUGGAAAAUUUCUUCAGCUAUUACUUGGGGAAAUUAUUUUUUUUACGGGAGGAAAGGCGCUAAUUUGAUAGAAACAAGCACUUGGAGGCCAAGACAAGGUAUUAAUCUAUCCGAUGUAAUAUUCCCUCAUAUUGCAUAUGGCUUUAGGGGUAUAAGUCUGCCGAUAGUGACAUUUCAUAAUCCACCCUGGCAAAUGGUAAAUGUGAUGAAGAAUGGUGAAGUGAGUUAUGGUGGAUUGGUCUUUGACGUGCUUAAGUAUUUGGGUAAAAAAUUAAAUUUCACAUACGUGGUUUUUGUUCCUAAAAUUGCAAAUAACACGAAAGCCCUACGUGGCUCUACUAGGGCGUUAAAAGUUGGAGAGAGGCCACACGGAACUCUGACAUCGACCACGAGAAAAUUGCCGGAAGAAGUGUUGAAAUUGGUUCGUACGAAGAAAGUUUUACUUGCUGCUUGCGCCUAUACAGUCAGUGAUUUUGAGAAGAGUGCUAUUAAUUUCACCAUACCUAUCUUCGUUCAGACAUACAGCUUUUUAACAUCAAGACCAACGCAACUGUCGAGAGCUUUGCUCUUUACUUCACCAUUUACUAAAGAGACGUGGGCCUGUCUGGCCGCAGCCAUUAUUAUAAUGGGUCCAAUCUUAUACCUGGUUCACAAGUACAGUCCAUCUAGUACGAAGAUGUCCGGUUUGAAUUCGUCUUGGCAGUGUGUCUGGUAUGUCUAUGGUGCACUUCUUCAGCAAGGAGGAAUGUACUUGCCUAAAUCUGAUAGUGCUCGCAUACUAGUUGGUACCUGGUGGUUAAUCGUAACAGUUCUAGUAGCAACUUACUCUGGAAGUUUAAUCGCAUUCCUGACCUUUCCGAAAAUAGAUGACCCGAUUUUAACAGUGGACAAUCUUCUCGCUCAUAAGGAUAAGUUAACUUGGGGUUUUCCGAAUGGUAGCUUUCUAGAGGAAUAUUUACAAAGUUCUGAAAAUGAACAAUAUCGUUUGCUCCUUUCUCGUUCGGAAAGACAUAACGACACAGAAGAGACGGAUAUCAUUAGACGAGUGAAAGAUGGCAAACAUGUCUUCAUUGAUUGGAGAAGCUCUUUGCGGUUUUUGAUGAGGAAGGAUCUGUUAUCCAGUGGAAUUUGUCACUUUUCUCUUAGUACAGAAGAGUUCAUGGACGAACCCAUUGCGAUGAUCGUUCCCAACAAUAGUCCAUACUUGCCGAUCAUAAAUAGCGAGUUGUAUCGUAUGUAUGAAUCUGGUUUAAUAAAUAAGUGGAUUUCCGAAAAGAUGCCAACGAGGGAUAAAUGCUGGGUAGGUGCAAACUCUAAUGAAAUUGUGGACAAGCGUAAGGUUAAUGUUGCUGAUAUGCAAGGAAUCUUUUUUGUACUUUUCAUGGGAAUUGUUUUAGCGAUCAUCUUUCUCUGCUGGGAGUUCUAUUGGCACAGACGAAAAGUAUCGAAACAACGCAAAUUUAUCCAACCAUUUGUAUUCUAAAUUUUUCUUAGAAGAACAUUUAUGCACGAUCGUUAUAAUUGUUAUAUCUUUACAUUUUUACUAUAAUAAUGUCGAAGAAUAAACUAGCAUUAUACUUGCAACAAUGUUAAGAAAUUAAGUUUUAGAAAUAUCGGAUUGUCGGUUUUUAUGGUUUUAAGGGCAAACGGAAACCAGGCUUGAGUAAGGUUGCUUAAGUCUAAGUUGAUUAUCCUAAGAUUUCAAGGAUGGAUCGGCGGAAAUGGUCGGCAAACGGAAAAGGUCCUGUACGCGCGUAAUAUUGUGAUGGGCAUUGCAAGUUCGAGUUAAUUAUCGCAGAGGCCCUCAUUGUCGAUCCUCAAUGUAUUUAGCAACGAUUCUUGGUGGUGCCGUGCGCGCAAGGUAAAAGUCAUGAAAUUACAUAAUGCAUUCGCUGUGGAUAUCCUCUUCUAACUGUCUUUCUCGAAAACCGGGUUUUCGCAUGGUGUGUUUUUUCUACCGCUUACGUUAAAUGCGCAAUCAACGAAAUUUAUAACUAUAAUUCGUCAGGUAUCACCAAAACAGGAUAUUGCACUUUUGCAAUAUUUAAAAAUAAUUUGUAAAUAAAAAAGCUCAAACAUCGUAGUAUUUCGUUUCUAAGUUAUGCGACAUGUUUGAUUGGUAAAAAUGCCUAUAUAAUAGCAAAGGAGCGAUAAUCGAAGUUCACUGGCAAAACUUAUUCGUUUAUAAAGUACAAGCGAGAUUUCAAAGUAAAAGGAAAAACAUAAACGUGUAAAUGAACGAACGAGAUGCUUUUACGAUUUUUCAUAACUUUUAUAAAUUCUCGAAAUAUUGUUUCCUUUCGUGAAAGCAAUCUUCAUGUGUAUUCUAUUCGAGUUUUUGAACGAAAGAGAAUGAGCAAAGAAUAUAUUAAAACAGUAAAAAGAAAGAAAAAAGAACACGAAGCUUGUAAUGGGAGUUUUUUUUAGUUAGGGUUUCUAUCGAAGCUAGGGAGAAGGUCAAAUCUUAGUAGGUGCGAAGGCGAUACGAGGAGAAACGGCAGACGCGGGGUUGUCCACCUGAUGACCUUGCCGUUGAAAAAAUCGUGGAGUAGUCGGCAGCGAGCUCGGAACUGGCGGCGUGAGCCAUCUGCGAGCCAGUUCUGUUGUAGAGCGCGCGAGACUAGGACUAAUCCUAAUAAACGCCGAGCCGGAGUCGUUGCCGAGGUCGAAUAAACGAGCGCACGAGCU